AUGAGUUCCAAGACGGCAAAGGAGCCUUCCAUCACGGCGCUCGACAACUUGGGCAGCCACUCCAACUCGGCCAGCACGUCUGAAGCGUCGGCCAAAGAUGCACUGUAUGGCAGCGUCUUUGUCCAGGGCGGCUCGGCGCAGCACUACGAGCCUAUCCCCGAGUACGAGGGCCGUCACCGGUACGACCCCAAGGCGGAGUGGACGUCCAAAGAAGAGAAGCGUCUCGUGCGCAAGCUCGACUAUCGGAUCUGCUCGUGGGUCUGCCUCAUGUUCUUCGCGCUGCAGCUGGACCGCGGCAACAUCUCCAACGCGCUGGCCGACAACUUCCUCAAGGACCUGCACCUGACGACCAACGACUACAACCUGGGCAUGACCGUCUUCUACCUGUGCUUCCUGUUCGCGGAGCUGCCGUCGCAGAUGAUCUCCAAGAAGCUGGGGCCGGACGUGUGGGUGCCGGCGCAGAUGGUGCUCUGGAGCACCGUGGCCAUGCUGCAGUGCGUGAUCCGCGGGCGGACCGGGUUCCUGGUCACGCGCGGCUUCCUCGGCGCGUUCGAGGGCGGCUUCAUCCCCGACGCCAUCCUGUACCUGUCCUACUUUUACGACAGCAAGGAGCUGCCCGUGCGCGUCAGCUACUUCUACACGGCCAGCAACCUGACGCCCAUCCUCUCGGCGUUUCUCGCCUACGGCAUCCUGCACAUGCGCGGCAUCGCCGGCUGGGAGGGCUGGCGCUGGAUGUUUGUGCUCGAGGGCGGGUUGACGGCCCUCAUUGGCGUCCUCUCCUGGUUCUACCUCCCGCCGAGCCCGACGCAGACGGCCGGCGGGCUGCGCGGCAAGGACGGGUGGUUUAGCGAGCGCGAAGAGGUCAUCAUGGUGAACCGCAUCCUGCGCGACGAUCCCAGCAAGGGCGGCAUGCACAACCGCCAAGGCCUGAGCCUGUCGCUGCUCUGGCAGGCGCUGUCCGACUUUGACCUGUGGCCCGUUUACCUCCUCGGCUUCACGCUGCUGGAGCCCGUCGCGCCGAUCCAGAGCUACCUGACGCUCACCCUGCGCCAGCUAGGCUUCGACACGUUCCAGACGAACCUGCUCACCAUCCCCGGCUACGUGCUCUUUGCGGUGCAGCUGAUUUUCUGGACGCGCAUCUCCGAGUGGCUCAACAACCGCUUCCUCGUCGUCUUCUUGUGCUCCGUGUGGCUGUUUCCGCUGAUCCUGUCGCUGCGGCUGCUGCCCGACGGCGCGAGCAGCUGGUCGCGCUAUGCGCUGACGGUGCUCGUCAUCGGGUACCCCUAUGUGCAUUCCAUCGUUGUCUCGUUGACGUCUCGAAAUGCCGGCUCCGUGGCGGGCAGGACAGUCGGCAGCGCAGUGUACAACAUGUGCGUGCAAGCGGGCAGCAUCAUUGCCUCCAACAUUUACCGCGAGGACGACAAACCGUACUACCGACGCGGAAACACGGCGAUUCUGGGCAUCAUUGCCUGGAACGCCGUCUUCACGGUGGCCAUCAAGGGCUACUACAUGUGGCGCAACAAGACAAAGGCGGCGAAAUGGGACGGCAUGACGGCUGAGGAAAAGCGAAACUACAUAGACACGACGUCGGAAAAGGGCAGCAAGAGACUGGACUUUAGAUUUGCACACUAG